UUUCCUCCCCAAUUGCAAAGCAUUUCAUGCCACUCGUCAGCAAAAUAAUGGAUGAACAAACUUCAUUUGUAGACGCUCUCAAGGCAAAGUACUGCGAGUGCGAGAAUGAUGCCGUGAACGAAGGGUCGGAAAAUUUUGUGCAGAUCACCGUGUUUGGCAGCAGCUGUCGCCGGCGGCCACGAAGUGACUGCGCUGGGGAAGACAGCGGGCAAGGCAAUGGACAUGAUGGAAAAGAGGCUGGUGAUGAUUGUGUUCCGGAGUUAGGCUACUUGAAAAAUGUGACUCUCUACAACAGUGGCAUCACUCAUGCUGCUAUUCCAUCAACCGGUCUAUCUUCCCUCUGUCCCAAUGUCCAUGACCUGGACCUCUCAGGCAACUUGCUGAGCAGCUGGCAUGAAGUGAAGACGAUUCUGAAAAAUCUACCUUGUUUGAAGUUUGUCAACCUGAGUUCUAACCCCUUGGGCAAUUUGGAGAUUGUAAAGCAAGAGCAGAUUCCCUGCUGCAUUGAGGAUCUGGUGCUGAAUGAUACCAAAGUUUCAUGGAGUGAAGUGGCUGCCUUGUCACGCCUCAUGCCAAAACUGAAGCAACUGCACUUGUGCAAGAAUGAGUAUAACACCAUUGAUUUACCUGCUGAAGAGACAUCAACAAGUCUUGGCCAUUUGCAUGUAUUGGCACUGAACAACAAUCGCAUUAAGAGAUGGAACGAAGUUGCCAAGUUGAAGUCACUGCCAAAACUUCGCAGUCUUGUCCUCAUGGAAAACCCCCUUGAGGAUGUAUUCUACAAACAAGCACAUUCCACAGCUUCUGAUGAAAGGUCAGCAGAGAAAGAGAAAGCCGGUGACGCUGGAGACAAAGAGAGAACUCAGCCUGGAGACACAGCAAAGUCUGAAAGUUUUUGUGCUGAAAAUGUUGGAGAAAAAGACGGAGUCAGCUGUGAACAAAAUGUUGCUUUGGUGGACAAGGACAACGAAGCUAACAUUCCUCGUUGGCACUUAAAGGAAAACAAACAGGCCUUGGGAUCUGAACUGGUAGCAACACAUCCCAAGGCCAACCGGAAUGACCAAAGCCAGCCUUGGGUAGUGAUGGAGGGAGAGGGAGCAAUAAGUGGGGAUGCCAGCCCAGGCUCUGUUGCCUUGGAGACAGCCAAGGAUGAGGCUGUGGGAAAAGCUAGCACUGCAGAAUCAGUUCAGUCCAGUGCUGGAGCUUCUGGAAGCAAUAGAGAAUGCAACACAAUGGGAGCUUUAGAAUCUGCAGACAGCCAGUCACCUGUGAGUAACAAACAGGAGCAGGUGGAUGCAGCCUUCCCAGCAUUGGAAUCUCUAUGUGUGACGGGCACCUGCCUGUCGAACUGGCAAGACCUGCAGGAGCUGAGACAUUUCCCCAGGUUACACUCUGUCAAGAUCAAGAAUAUUCCACUCUUGGAAAGCUGGGAUGAAGCUGACCGAAGAAAACUUGCUGUAGCGUGCCUGCCAAGUAUCAAGCAUCUUAACGGCAGCGAGAUAACUCUGACGGAGAGGGAGAAGUCAGAACGGCAUUUUGUCCGAGUCUUUGUCGACCACGCCCAACCUCCGGCACGGUUGGAGGAGCUAGUCCAGAAACAUGGUAAGUUGAGGCCCUUGGUCCAAGUGGACAUAGGACAAGGAUUUCAGGAGUUUGUGGAGUUGAAAUUUAUCUACGGAGGUCGCUGUAUCCACCAAGGAGUUGUUAGGGUGGUGGAGCCAGUCGGAAAACUGAAGCAAAUCUGCAGUAACCUGAUUGAUACAUCUUCAACGAUGGUAAAACUAUACCACAAGACUCGAGACCCAGACACUGACGAGCCAGUCCUGGAUGAGCUGUUUCUCGACUCGCUGCCCAUGAGUCGCUUUGAUAUGAAGGACGGUGACGAAAUCCUCAUUGAUUUGAAGAAGGGUCUGAAUAGAAGAACGCCUUGGCAGCCUGCGAUCAAAAUGGCUCCUUAGGCAAACCUUAGAUAUUGAGAUCAUGCAGGCCAUUUUCUGCAAUACCACCCAAAAUAAUAGUUUCAACAUCGAGUGUAGAGCCAGACUUACAUAGGACAUGCGUGACUUGUACUAAGAACUGCUGAUUUUGCCAGUAUUCAUAUAUUGAUUACAAGGUUUGGAUUGGUGUUUGCAUGAGCUUUUCAUGAAAUUCUUGAUCAACUUAAGCAUGGCAUAGUGCAUGCUAUGCCAUGCUAAUGUGUGUGAUACUGCAUUCAACUUUGUCAUAAGAGUUGUGUUUAUAUCAAAGCAUAUUAUGUACAAACAAGGUUUCAAUUUUGGUUUGCUUUAUAUGUUAGGGUCUUCACUGGCAAAGUACCUAAGUGUUUUGCUGUAUGUCAUUUGUCGUCAGACAUAUUUUAUUGUUUCAACAAAGGUCAUUGCAGUGCAUCAGAGUUGAAGUUUGACGUUUCUCUUUAACGCCUGUGUUUUGUUGUGCUGAGAAAGAUUUGAUGUUGGGCGGUUGAGGGAUACGGAGUGCCCAAGUUCUUUUUCUGCGUUAGCAAUGUUAUCAACUUCAUUUUCCCACAAUAAAAUAUGGCCAUGAAAUUUCUGUUGAGGCUUUCUGUCAACAUUUACAAUGAGAAUCUUUUCCAAACGAAAAAUGUCUAUGCCUGCAUCAGAUUAUAUAUUGAUGUGUUUGAUGUCCAAAUGAGAACAAAAUUUUUAUUUUUAGAAUAUUUUUGUUUCACAGUUCUAGUUGAAAGUAAAUAUACAUGUAUAUACAUACAUAUACACCAAUUUUUUAGAAUCUGUUUGGAGAAUUUUUUAUUGUAUUCAAUAUUUAUUCUAAAGAUUAUUAUUGAAUAUUGAAUUUGUUUUUAAGAAGUGGAACUUGUCAGCUCUGAAAAAAUCUAUUUUGUAAAUUUUCAGGAACAGAACAGAAUAUCCCUUUUGCACUGAAAAAUAUUUUUCCAUCCUGUGUUUUAUUUACAAAUACAAAUAAAUCAAAGUAGUCGUGCUUUUUAUAGUAUGAGGAUACAAUAAAAGUCUUGGAAGGUUUGUGUGUCAUGUA